AUGGGGGAGGAGCCCAAGAAAGCUGAAUCCGAGGCAGCCUCUCAGCUGCCUACACGGGCCGAAGAGGAUGGACCUGUUAAAGAAGAGAAAGAAGCCUCCUUAAAUGAUGCUGCUAAUGAGAAGGGCUUGGUCCCAGCUUCUGAAAAGGCUGCAGAUCCACCUGCUGCUGCAAAAGUUUCAAGGGGAUCAAAUAACAGAGACACUCUGCUUGCAAGGGUUGAAUCGGAGAAAAGAUAUGCUCUCAUUAAAGCAUGGGAAGAAAAUGAGAAAGCCAAAGUGGAGAACAAGGCUCACAAAAAACUCUCUGCCGUUGCAUCAUGGGAGACGACCAAGAAAGCAUACGUGGAGGCAAAAAUAAAGAAGUUUGAGGAAAAACUUCAAAGGAAGAAGGCUGAAUACGCUGAGAAAAUGAAGAACAAAGCAGCCGAAUUCCACAGGGUAGCUGAAGAGAAGAAAGCAGUGAUUGAAGCAAAAAAAGGUGAAGAGUGUCUAGAGGUUGAGGAAACGGCAGCGAAAUACCGAGCAACUGGGUAUACACCAAGGAAGUUUCUUGGAUGCUUUAGUAGCUAG